CUUUUUUGGGACAUAUGAAUUAAUUGUUUGGAGUUGACCUGAUUCCCCAAAGAGAGCCUCUACUUUAGUCAGAUUACUUUCUCUUAUAGUAAUUUUUCGGUUUUCGAAAUAAAAGGUAGCAUAACCACAGUACAGAAACUUUAGAACUAAUACUGUGUAACAAGUCUUAAAGUAACUGUAACACAGUGUGUAAGUGUUAAACUUCAAUCAAGUUAAAGUGAGUUAAAAUUUUCUUAGGUUAAAAAAUAGUUUUCUUAAAAAAGGGGUUAUUUAAGUUUGGUCAGUUGUAUAGGAUUUUUAUUUUUUAACAGAAUUUUCGCUCUUGUUGCCCAGGCUGGAGUGCAAUGGCACGAUCUCGGCUCAUUGCAACCUCUGCCUCCUGGAUUCAGAUGAUUCUCCUGCCUCAGCCUCCUGAGUUGCUGGGAUUACAGGCAUGCGCCACCACACCUGGCUAAUUUUGUAUUUUUAGUAGAGAUGGGGUUUCUCCAUGUUUGUCAGGCUGGUCUUGAACUCCCGACCUCAGAUGAUCUGCCUGCCUCAGCCUCCAAAAGUACUGGGAUUACAGGUGUGAGCCAUCAUGCCUGGCCUGUAUGGGAUUUAUAACUGCAAAAUAAUCAUUAGUGUUGAACUUUCUAGGCUUGAAAAUUAUUAUUAUUUGAGAUGGAGUGUAACUCUGGUGCCAGGCUGGAGUGCAGUGGUGUGAUCUCGGCUCACUGUAACCUCUGCCUCCUGGGUUCAAGUGAUUCUCCUGCCUCAGCCUCUCAAGUAGCUGGGACUGUAGGCACGCACGACCCCACCUGGCUAAUAUUUGUAUUUUUAGUAGAGACAGGGUUUUUUUUUUUCUUUCUUUCUUUUUUUUUUCUUCCAUUUUUAUACCACUAUACUAAUGAGGAAGAGACAGGGUUUCACCAUGUUACCUAGGAUGGUCUCAAUCUCUUGUCCUCGUGAUCCACCUGCCUCUGCCUCCCAAAGUGCUGGGAUUACAGGUGUGAGCCACUGCACCUGGUUGAAAUUUUUUUCUGAACAGAAUUUUAUGCUAGUCCAGGAUCUGUUCUCAGAUAUGUUCCUUUGCUCUUUCUUUUAAGGGGGCUGCCCCUUGUGUGUUUCCCAGUCUACCUUGUUGUCUUCUGGCUGAGUUUGGGAGACACUGGUGAGAAAUUGAAUGUGAGGAUGGGAGAAAGGGAAAAGUAUUAUUCCUCCUCCUUCUGUCAACAGCUGUAUUUCCGCUAUGGGUUUAGCUCCUCCUACACAACCCCAUUGGCAUUCCAGUUUCUGCCAGGUGACCCACCAUCCUGCACUCCUCUCUUGUCUCUUUAGCCUACAGGUCAUAAUGACUUCUUGCUAUUGGUAAUGGAUAGGUUGCCUCACAGUUCCUUAUUUGGCAUCUCAACUCCUCCAUCACCUGUGUAACCAGUUGUCUGUAUUAAAUUCCCUAUUUUAAACACGCUGAGUUGUUUUCCUAGUGUAUUUUUUUUUUUUUUUUUUUUUUUUUUGCGGGCAUGAAAGUUUAUUAAAAAGCUUUAGAACAAUAAGGAUAUUAGCUGGGCUUGGUGGUGUCUGCCUGUAAUCCCAGCUGCUCUGGAGGCUGAGGCAGAAGAAUUGCUUGAAUCUGGGAGGCAGAGAGGUUGCAGUGAGCCGAGAUUGUGCCACUGCACUCCAGCCUGGGCAACAGAACAAGACUCUAUCUCAAAAGCAAACAAAGGACCCCCCCCCAUAACCCCCAAAUAAACAAGCAAAAGCUUUAGAACAGUAAGGAAAGGAAGGAAAGGACAGAAGGAAAGUACAACUCAGAAGAGAGUCAAGUGGGCAACUUGAGAAACCAAGUGCAUAGAUUGACCUCUUGACUUGGAAUUUUGUAUGGUGACAUACUUCCAGGAUCUUGCAUCACUUCUCCCCACUCCUGAGAUCUUACUGAGAAGCUGUUGAUCAGUUUUAGAUGUUUUCUAUCUAUUAGAACAUUGCCUUUCCCUGGCACUGGCUAUGACCAGUUAUUGUUUUAGAGAAACAGUUAACAACCGCCAACCAUCACCUGAUGGUUGCCCAACACGCUUGGUGUGUGUCUAAGUGGGGAGCCCUCUCCUGCCCUACUCAUACCUGAUUAGCUGUCUACUACUGUAACCUUUCCCUCCUCAAGAGUCCAUGACCCCAAAUCUUUGGGGGAAAAUGGACGAAUCUGUAACUGCUUCCUGCUGACAGAGGAUUGGUGGUAGUUCUGUGGGUCUUGACCUCUUACAGGCUGUCAGGGCUGAGCUGGCUCCAUGAGUUAGUGACAGCAAUAUCCAGCCAGGUGCAAGGGAGAGGGGCAGGAAUUCACCUUUAUUGUGUCCCACUGAUGGGCAGUCUAGAGGUUCCCUGUAGAUAGUGAACUCUUGAAUAUUGGGAGGACAGUAUGCCUCACUGAGAAUCGUCUGGAGCUUACUGGCCACUAGGGAAUGUAUCCGAGUCAUGGCCCCAAUAUAUUACCUGUGGCAGGUAUACAGGUUAUCCUGUUACUGGUGGCAUAUCCGCGAGGGUCUGUAUUGACUUCAGUCCUUGCCUCCUGAGAAGAAAGAAUUUUACUGAGGGUCAUAAGGCAACAAAAGAGACUGAGGCAGGUUUUAGAGCAGGAGUGGAAGUUUAUGAAAAAGCUUUAGAACAGAAAAGAAGAAAGAAAAGAAGGAAAGUGCUUAAAAUAGGGCCAAGUGGGUCACUGGAGGAACUGUGUGCCCCUGGUUGGAUGUUGACUGAUACACUCGAGUCUUUACUUUCUCUAAGACUUUUUGUUUGUUUUUGAUAUUUUUUAUUGUGGUAAAAUAGACAUAGUAUAACAUUUGCCAUCUUAACCAUUUUUAAGUGCAUAGUUCUGUGACAAUAAAUGCAUUAAUAAGGCUGUGCAGCUGUCACCACCCUCCAUCUCUGUAACUUUUUUUCGUCUUGUAAAACAAACUCUAUACCUUAUGUUAAAUAAUAAUUUUACAUUUGCACUUCUCUCCAGCCCCUGACAACUGCUUUUUUACUUUGUGUCCAUGAUUUUGGCUACUCUUAGCACCACAUAUAAGUGGAAUCAUAUGGUAUUUGGCUUUUUGUAACUGGCAUAUUUCACUUAGCAUACUGUCCUCAAGGUUCAUCUGUGUUGUAGCAUAGGUCAGAAUUUCCUUCCUUUUAACAACUGAAUGAGACGGGGCAUGGUGGCUCACACCAGGAAUCCCAGCACUUUGGGAGGUCGAGGGUGGAGGAUUGCUUGAGCUCAGGAGUUCAAGACCAGCCUGGGUAACAUAGUAUGACCCUGUCUCUACAAAAAAUUAAAAAAUUAAUGAGGCUUGGUGGUGUGUGCCUGUAGUUCCAGCUACUUGGGAGGCUGUGGUGGGAGGAUAGCUUAAGCCUGGGAGGUCUAGGUUGCAGUGAACUGAGAUCGUGCCACUGCACUCCAGCGUGGGUGAUGGAGUGCAACCCUGUCAAUAAAUAAAUAAAGACAGUUAAAUAAGUACAUAAAUAAAAACAAUUAUUUAUAAGAGGCUGGGUAGGCUGGGCACUGUGGCUCAUGCCUGUAAUCUCAGCACUUUGGGAGGCUAAGUUGGGAGGAUCACAUGAGGUCAGGAGUUCAAGACUGUCCUGGCCAACAUGGUGAAACCUCGUCUCUAUUUAAAAAUACAAAAUUAGCCAGGAGUAGUGACACAUUCCUACAGUCCCAAUUACUCAGAAAGCUGAGGCAGGAGAAUCACUUGAACCCAGGAGGCAGAGGUUGCAGUGAGCUGAGAUCUCGCCAUUGCACUCCACUCUGGGUGAUAGAGCAAGACGACGUUUCAAAAAAAUAAUAAUAAUAAUGGAGUCUCAUUCUGUCACCCAGGCUGGAGUGCAGCAGCACAGUCUCGGCUCACUACAAUCUCUGCCUCUUGGGUUCAAGCGAUUCUCCUGUCUCAGCCCCCCAAGUAGCUGGAAUUAUAGGCGUGCGUCACCAUGUGACUCAUACUUCUAUGAACAUGGGUGUAUAAAUCUCUCUCUCUUAUCUUUUUUUGAGGCAGUUUCACUCUUGUUUCCCAGGCUGGAAAUGCAGUGGCAUGAUCUUGGCUCACUGCAACCUUUGCCUCCUGGGUUCAAGUGAUUCUCCUGCUUCAGCCUCUGAAGUAGCUGGAAUUACAGGUGCUCACCAUCAUGCCCAGCUAAUUUUUGUAUUUUUAGUAGAGACAGGGUUUCACCAUGUUGGCCAGGCAUGUCUCAAACUCCUGACCUCAGGUGAUUCACCUACCUCAGGCUCUCAACGUGCUGAGAUUGCAGGCAUGAGCCACCGCGCCUGGCCUCUUAUCUCUUUGAGGGUCUACUUUUGAGAAUUGCUGGCUCAUAUGAUAAUUCUGUUUUUAAUUUUUUAGGAAUCACCAUGGUUUUCCUCAGUGACUGUACCAUUUUUCAUUCCCAACAACAAUGUACAAGGGUCCCAACUUCUCCAUAUCCUUUCUAACACUUGUUGUAUUCUCUCUCUCUUUUUUCCUCUUGAUAGUAGCCAUCCUAAUGAGGCUGGGUUGUGGUUUCAAUUUGGAUUUCCCUAAUGAUUAGUAAUGUUGAGCAGCCAUUUGUUUAGCUUCUUUGGGGAAAUCCCUAUUGAAGUCCUUUGCCCAUUUUUGAAUUGUUUGUUUUUGUUUAUUUAGUUUUAGGAGUUUUCUAAAUAUUCUGGGUAUUCCUUUAUUAGAUAUAUGCCAUGAAAAUAUAUUCUCCUAUUCCGUGAGUUGCUGUUUCUUCUAAGACUUUACAAAUAUGAAGACUUUUUUUUUCUUUUUUUUUUUUUUUAGAGCUACCAUCCAGGAUAAGAAAGUCUGAGUGUCACUUUUACAGAUUGAUUUCCUUUGAAUUUUGGAUUCUCUAUUAGCUUAUUCAUUCAAAUAAUAAAAAUUUGUUGGGCCUUCUUAAUGGAGAGUAAAACAUUCAUUUGUAAGGGUGAUUAUUUAUGAUAUCCAUGACAAAUAUUUUUUGAAAUGUUUUUUUCAUUUUGGAACAUUACACUGACUGAAAUUAGAAGAAGAAGCAGUAAAGCUUCAUCCCAGUGUUUUUUAUAGACUCUUCCUGCUAUAUUUCUCUUUGAAAGCUUAUUGUUUAAAUUUUCUUUCUUUCUUUUUUUUUUUUCCCCAAGACAUACGGUCUUGCUCCAUCACCCAGGCUGGAGUGCAGUGGCUUGAUAAUGGUUCACUGUAACUUUGACCUGCUGGGCUCAAGCAGUCCUCCCACUUCAGCCUCCCGAGUAGCUGGGACCGAAGGCGUGUGCCACCGUAUUUGGCUAAUUCUUUUUUUUUUUUUUUUUUUUGAGUUGGAGUCUUGCUCUUGUCGCCCAGGCUGGAGUACAGUGGCACAGUCUCCGCUCACUGCAAUUUCUGCCUCCCAGGUUCAAGCAAUUGUUGUGUCUUAGCCUCUCAAGUGGCUGGGACUACAGGCAUUUGCCACCACGUCCAGCUAAUUUUUUUUCUUUUUUUUUUUAGUAGAGAUGGGGUUUCACCAUGUUAGCCAAGAUGGUCUCAGUCUCCUGACUUUGUGAUCCACCUGCCUCGGCCUCUGAAAGCGCUGGCAUUACAGGCAUGAGCCACUGCUCCCAGCCCAAGUUAAAGGAAUUUUAAGGUCACAUAAUCAAAAUGUUAAAAGUAUUAUCACCCAGCCGGCGUUGUGGCUCACGUCUGUAAUCCAAGCACUUUGGAGGUCAGGGCGGGCGGAUCACCUCAGGUCGGGAGUUCAAGACCAGCCUGACCAACAUGGUGAAACCCCGUUCUUAAAAAAAAAAAAAGUAUUAUCAAAAUAAUUUUUACCCAGGCAAGAUUUUCACUUUUCUUAUUUAUUUUUUAACAACAAGUAAAAAUGUUGGGGUAAUGUUCCAUGAAGACUUUGCUUUAUUGAAGUAAAAAUACAUUUGGAAAUGCAGAUGCAUCCUACUGAAAAAUUAUUUAGCACUAUGUAUCCUAUUGAAUGUAAAGUAAUUUUCCUUAACUUAGUAUCCAUAGCUUAAUUAACUUAUUUAUCUUAGAUUUGUACAUUUUCUCCUAAAUACUUUAGCAAAGUCACAUGUCUUUUGGUCUCUCUUUUCUAUAGUAUACUGGUAUAUUGUGUGAUAUUGUGGCUGGGUUUUUGUUUUUUUUUUUUUUGAGACGAAGUUUCGCUCUUGUUACCCAGGCUGGAGUGCAAUGGUGCGAUCUCGGCUCACCACAACCUUCACCUCCUGGGAACAGGCAAUUCUCCUGCCUCAGCCUCCUGAGUAGCUGGGAUUACAGGCAUGCAUCACCAUGCCCAGCUAAUUUUUUGUAUUUUUAGUAGAGACGGGGUUUCACCAUGUUGACCAGGAUGGUCUCGAUCUCUUGACCUCGUGAUCCACCUCCCUUGGCCUCUCAAAGUGCUGGGAUUACAGGUGUGAGCCACUGCGCCCGGCCCUGUGGCUGGGUUUUUAAUGGAUAUUCUUUUUAUUUUCUUUGGCCCUAGGUGUGUGUCAGUGUAUAUAUUUAUACCUGUGUGUACAUAUGUCUGCCUGUGUGAAUCUGUGCAUAUUUUAAGGCAGUAGUAAAUUAUACAGUCAAAUGACAAAAUUCCAAUUGAGUUUAAAGAUCCAAAUCGAUUUUAUUUGCAAUCUGGAAUACUUCAUUCCAUGGUGGCUCACGCCUGUAAUCCCAGAACUUUGAGAGGCUGAGUAGGGUGGAUCACGAGAUCAAGAGAUUGAGACCAUCCUGGCCAACAUGGUGAAAUCCUGUCUCUACUAAAAAUACAAAAACUAGAGGCCAGGCACUGUGGCGCACACCUGUAAUCCCAGCACUUUGGGAGGCCAAGGCGGGUGGAUCACGAUGUCAGUAGUUUAAGACCAGUCUGGCCAAGUUGGUGAAACCCUGUCUCUAAUAAAAAUCCAAAAAUUAGCUGGGCAUGUGGCAUAUGCCUGUAAUCCCAGCCACUCAGGAGGCUGAGGCAGAAGAAUUGCUUGAACCUGGGAGGCAGAGGUUGCAGUGAGCUGAGAUCGUGCCACUGCACUCCAGCCUCGGUGACAGAGGGAGACUCUGUCUCAAAAAACAAACAAACAAAAAUAGCUGGGCAUGGUGGCAUGUACCUGUAGUCCCAGCUACUCAGGAGGCUGAGGCCAGAGAAUUACUUGAACCCGGGAGGUGGAGAUUGCAGUGAGCCAGUGUUGUGCCACUGCACUCCAGCCUGGCAACAGAGUGAGACUCUUGUCUCAAAAAAAAAAAAAAAAAAGUUCCAAUGAGCUGAGCAGAAGAGGUUGGUUUUAGAAAUGGAGAAGGCCUGAAGGAGAAACACAGAAGAAAAAGUGGACUUGUCAUUUUAAAGUUACUUCCCCAUAAGGUGUGAACAAAGAAACAAAACAAUAGAGAAAUAAUUUACUGAUUAACAUCAGGUUACUUUAGGUUACCUUUGUUCUAAGGAUUAAAACAGGAAACUUUAUUAUCAUGCUGGUUGAAGAUUGAAACAGGCCUGCUUGGGAAAUUGGCUAUUAUGUCUCUUUUCCGAUUUCUCCAAAGAUCAGGUAACAACUUAGUUUCAGUUUGGUGACGUGGAACUUUUUUUUUUUUUUUUUGAGAUGGAGCCUUGCACUGUCACCUAGGCUGGAGUGCCAGUGGUAUGAUCUCGGCUCACUGCAACCUCUGGUUCAAGUGAUUCUCCUGCCUCAGUCUCCCAAGUAGCUGAGAUUAUAAGCACCUGUCACCAUGCCCAGCUAAUUUUUUGUAUUUUUAGUAGAGAUAGGGUUUCACUGUGUUGGUCAGGCUGGUCUUGAAGUCCUGACCUUGUGAUCCACCUGCCUUGGCCUCCCAAAGUGCUGGGAUUACAGGUGUGAGCCACCGCACCCGGCCCUUUUUUGGUAGGGGAUUUUUUUUUUAGAAAGAAUAUCUCUCUGUUGCCCAGCCUGGAAUGUCGUGGUGUGAUCUCAGCUCACUGCAACCUCUGCCUCCUGGGUUCAAGGGAUUCUUCUGCCUUAGUCUCCCAAGUAGCUGGGAUUACAGGUGCGCAACACCACUCUGGGACAAAGUCUUGCUCUGUCACUCAGGCUGAUGUGCAGUGGUAUCAUCUCAGCCCACUACAACCUCUGCCUGCUGGGUUCAAGUGAUUAUCCUGUCUUAGCCUCCCAAGUAGCUAGGAUUACAGACACAUGCCACCACACAUGGAUCAUUUUUUGUAUUUUAAGUAGAGGCGGGGUUUUACCAUGUUGGCCAGGCUGGUCUUGAACUCUGUACCUCAAGUGAUCUGCCCUCCUCAGCCUCCCAAAGUGCUGGAAUUACAGUCAUGAGCCACUGUGCCCAGCCAGAUUUCUUCAUUCCUAGUCAAUGUACUAACUUUGGCUUGCUGUUAGUAGAGAUUCUGCUUUUGGAGUUCAGUAGGGAGGAUGAUUAACCAACCCUUUGUAUCAUGCAUGGUUACUGAUCUCUUUCUGCUUUCAGGCAGUCUGAUUUAUUUAUUUACUUACUUUUCGAUAUGGAGUUUCACUCUUUUUUUUUUUUUUAGUUUUUCCUGAGUUAUUUAUUUUUUUCUGAUGGAGUUUCACUCUUGUUGCCUAGGCUGGAGUGCAAUGGCACAGUCUCUGCUCACUGCAACCUCCCCCUCCUGGGUUCAAGCAAUUCUCCUGCCUCAGCCUCACGAAUAGCUGGAAUUACAGGCAUGUGCCCCCACAUCUGGCUAAUUUUUGUGUUUUUAGUAGAGACAAGGUUUCCCCAUGUUGGCCAGGCUGAUCUUGAACUCCUGACCUAAGGUGAUCUACCCGCCUCAGCCUCCUAAAGUGCUCAGGUUAUAGAUGUGAACCACCUGCUUGAUUUAUACCCAGGCUUGUUUCUCUCAACACUACACUGAGGAGAAAGGUAUAAGUAGCCAAAGCAGUUUAAUCUGACAUUUUUCUGUCAAAUUCUCUAAAGGCGAGAAUAUAGUUUAAAUCCCAGAAUACAUCAGAUCAAACUGAUGCUGGUUUACUAUAGUAUAAUGGGAAUUGCUUUCUAGCCUGUGCAGUGAAAUUUUUACCAUCCCCUAAUCCCAUACUUCAUAGUUCAUACUUGACCAGUUUUUUUUUUUUUCUAGACAGAGUCUCACUUUUUUACCCAGGCUGGAGUGCAGUGGCAUGAACUUGGCCCACUGUAGCCAACCUCCUGGGCUCAAGUCAUCCUCUCACCUCAGCCUGCUUAGUAGCUUGGACCACAGGCAUGUACCACUAUAUCUGGCUAAUUUUUUUUAGAUGGGGUCUCACCAUGUUGCCUAAACUGGUCUCAAAUUUCUGGGUCCAAGCAGUCCUCCUACUUUGACCUCAUAAAGUACUGGGAGCAGGUGUGAGCCACCAUGCCUGACAUGGCCAGUUCUAAUAUACAGGUCUAGUACUAUAUUUGGAUUUCAUGUUCAGUAGGCCCUUUUUUUUUUUUUUUUUUAAAUUUUUUAUUGGAUUUUAGGUUUUGGGGUACAUGAGCAGAGCAUGCAAGACAGUUGCGUAGGAACACACGUGGCAGUGUGCUUUUCUUUCCUUCUCCCCUUCACCCACAUUUAACAUUUCUCCCCAGGCUAUCCCUCCCCACCUCCCCCUCCCACUGGCCCUCCCCUUUUCCCCCCAAUAGACCCCAGUGUUUAGUACUCCCCUUUCUGUGUCCAUGUGUUCUCAUUUUUCAUCACCCGCCUAUGAGUGAGAAUAUGCGGUGUUUCAUUUUCUGUUCUUGUGUCAGUUUGCUGAGGAUGACGUUCUCCAGAUUCAUCCAUGUCCCUACAAAUGACACGAACUCAUCAUUUCUGAUUGCUGCAUAAUAUUCCAUGGUGUAUAUGUGCCACAUUUUUCCAAUCCAGUCUAUUAUCAAUGGGCAUUUGGGUUGAUUCCAGGUCUUUGCUAUUGUAAACAGUGCUGCAAUGAACAUUCGUGUACAUGUGUCCUUAUAGUAGAACGAUUUAUAGUCUUUUGGAUAUACCCAGUAAUGGGAUUGCUGGGUCAAAUGGAAUUUCUAUUUCUAAGGCCUUGAGGAAUCGCCACACUGUCUUCCACAAUGGUUGAACUAAUUUACACUCCCACCAACAGUGGAAAAGUGUUCCUUUGUCUCCACAUCCUCUCCAGCAUCUGUUGUCUCCAGAUUUUUUUAAUGAUCGCCAUUCUAACUGGCGUGAGAUGGUAUCUCAAUGUGGUUUUGAUUUGCAUCUCUCUGAUGACCAGUGACGAUGAGCAUUUUUUCAUAUGAUUGUUGGCCUCAUAUAUGUCUUCUUUCGUAAAGUGUCUGUUCAUAUCCUUUGCCCACUUUUGAAUGGGCUUGUUUGUUUUUUUCCUGUAAAUCCGUUUGAGUUCUUUGUAAAUUCUGGAUAUCAGCCCUUUGUCAGAUGGGUAAACUGCAAAGAUUUUUUCCCAUUCUGUUGGUUGCCGAUCCACUCUAGUGACUGUUUCUUUUGCUGUGCAGAAGCUGUGGAGUUUCAUUAGGUCCCAUUUGUCUAUUUUGGCUUUUGUUGCCAAUGCUAUUGGUGUUUUGUUCAUGAAGUCCUUGCCUACUCCUAUGUCCUGGAUAGUUUUGCCUAGAUUUCCUUCUAGGGUUUUUAUCGUGCCAGGUCUUAUUUUUAAGUCUUUAAUCCAUCUGGAGUUAAUUUUAGUGUAAGGUGUCAGGAAGGGGUCCAGUUUCUGCUUUCUGCACAUGGCUAGCCAGUUUUCCCAACACCAUUUGUUAAACAGGGAAUCCUUUCCCCCUUGCUUGUUUUUGUCAGGUUUAUCAAAGAUUGUAUAGUUGUAGAUAUGUUGUGUUGCCUCCGGUGCCUCUGUUUUGUUCCAUUGGUCUAUAUCUCUGUUUUGGUACCAGUACCAUGCUGUUUUGAUUACUGUAGCCUUGUAGUAUAGUUUGAAAUCCGGUAGUGUGAUGCCCCCCGCUGUGUUCUUUUUGCUUAGAAUUGACUUGGCUAUGCGGGCUCUCUUUUGGUUCCAUAUGAAGUUCAUGGUGGUUUUUUCCAGUUCUGUGAAGAAAGUCAAUGGUAGCUUGAUGGGGAUUGCGUUGAUUCUGUAAAUUACUUUGGGCAGUAUAGCCAUUUUCACGAUGUUAAUUCUUCCUAACCAUGAACAUGGAAUGUUUCUCCAUCUGUUUGUGUCCUCUCUGAUUUCGUUGAGCAGUGGUUUGUAGUUCUCCUUGAAGAGGUCCCUUACGUUCCUUGUGAGUUGUAUUCCAAGGUAUUUUAUUCUUUUUGUAGCAAUUGUGAAUGGCAGUUCGUUCUUGAUUUGGCUUUCUUUAAGUCUGUUAUUGGUGUAGAUGAAUGCUUGUGAUUUUUGCACAUUGAUUUUAUAUCCUGAGACUUUGCUGAAGUUGCUUAUCAGUUUCAGGAGUUUUUGGGCUGAGGUGAUGGGGUCUUCUAGGUAUACUAUCAUGUCGUCUGCAAAUAGAGACAAUUUGGCUUCCUCCUUUCCUAUUUGAAUACCCUUUAUUUCUUUUUCUUGCCUGAUUGCUCUGGCUAGAACUUCCAGAACUAUAUUGAAUAGGAGUGGUGAAAGAGGGCAUCCUUGUCUAGUGCCAGAUUUCAAAGGGAAUGCUUCCAGUUUUUGCCCAUUCAGUAUGAUAUUGGCUGUUGGUUUGUCAUAAAUAGCUUUUAUUACUUUGAGAUACGUUCCAUCGAUACCGAGUUUAUUGAGGGUUUUUAGCAUAAAGGGCUGUUGAAUUUUGUCAAAUGCCUUCUCUGCGUCAAUUGAGAUAAUCAUGUGGUUUUUGUUUUUGGUUCUGUUUAUGUGUUGAAUUACGUUUAUAGACUUGCGUAUGUUGAGCCAGCCUUGCAUCCCCGGGAUGAAUCCUACUUGAUCAUGGUGAAUAAGUUUUUUGAUUUGCUGUUGCAUUCGGCUUGCCAAUAUUUUAUUGAAGAUUUUUGCAUCUAUAUUCAUCAUGGAUAUUGGCCUGAAGUUUUCUUUUCUUGUUGGGUCUCUGCUGGGUUUUGGUAUCAGGAUGAUGUUGGUCUCAUAAAAUGAUUUGGGAAGGAUUCCCUCUUUUUGUAUUGUUUGAAAUAGUUUUAGAAGGAAUGGUACCAGCUCCUCUUUGUGUGUCUGGUAGAAUUCGGCUGUGAACCCGUCUGGACCUGGGCUUUUUUUGUGUGGUAGGCUCUUAAUUGCUGCCUCGACUUCUGACCUUGUUAUUGGUCUAUUCAUAGUUUCAGCUUCCUCCUGGUUUAGGCUUGGGAGGAUGCAGGAGUCCAGGAAUUUAUCCAUUUCUUCCAUGUUUACUAGUUUAUGUGCAUAGAGUUGUUUGUCAUAUUCUCUGAUGAUGGUUUGAAUUUCUGUGGAAUCUGUGGUGAUUUCCCCUUUAUCAUUUUUUAUUGCAUCUAUUUGAUUGUUCUCUCUUUUAUUUUUAAUCAAUCUGGCUAGUGGUCUGUCUAUUUUGUUGAUCUUUUCAAAAAACCAGCUCUUGGAUUUAUUGAUUUUUUUUUAAGGGUUUUUCGUGUCUCAGUCUCCUUCAGUUCAGCUCUGAUCUUAGUUAUUUCUCGUCUUCUGCUGGGUUUUGAGUUUUUUUGAUCUUGCUCCUCUAGCUCUUUCAAUUUUGAGGAUAGGGUGUCAAUUUUGGAUCUCUCCAUUCUCCUCAUAUGGGCACUUAUUGCUAUAUACUUUCCUCUAGAGACUGCUUUAAAUGUGUCCCAGAGGUUCUGGCAUGUUGUGUCUUCGUUCUCAUUGAUUUCGAAGAACUUCUUUAUUUCUGCCUUCAUUUCAUUGUUUACCCAGUCAACAUUCAAGAGCCAGUUGUUCAGUUUCCAUGAAGCUGUGCGGUUCUGGGUUGGUUUCUGUAUUCUGAGUUCUAACUUGAUUGCACUAUGGUCUGAGAGGCUGUUUGUUAUGAUUUUAGUUGUUUUGCAUUUGCUGAGCAGUGCUUUACUUCCAAUUAUGUGGUCAAUUUUAGAGUAGGUGUGAUGUGGUGCUGAGAAGAAUGUAUAUUCUGUGGAUUUGGGGUGGAGAGUUCUGUAAAUGUCUAUCAGGUUUGCUUGCUCCAGGUCUGAGUUCAAGCCCUGGAUAUCCUUGUUGAUUUUCUGUCUGGUUGAUCUGUCUAAUAUUGACAGUGGAGUGUUAAAGUCUCCCACUAUUAUUGUGUGGGAGUCUAAGUCUCUUUGUAAGUCAUUAUGAACUUGCCUUAUGUAUCUGGGUGCUCCUGCAUUGGGUCCAUAUAUGUUUAGGAUCGUUAGCUCUUCUUGUUUUAUUGAUCCUUUUACCAUUAUGUAAUGGCCUUCUUUGUCUCUUUUGAUCUUUGUUGCUUUAAAGUCUAUUUUAUCAGAGAUGAGAAUUGCAACUCCUGCUUUUUUUUUGCUCUCCAUUUGCUUGGUAAAUCUUCCUCCAUCCCUUUAUUUUGAGCCUUUGUGUAUCCUUGCAUGUGAGAUGGGUUUCCUGGAUACAGCACACUGAUGGGUUUUGGAUUUUUAUCCAAUUUGCCAGUCUGUGUCUUUUGAUUGGUUGCAUUUAGUCCAUUUACAUUUAGGGUUGAUAUUGUUAUGUGUGAAUUUGAUACUGCCAUUUUGAUGCUAAGUGGCUGUUUUGCCCGUUAGUUGUUGUAGAUUCUUCAUUAUGUUGAUGCUCUUAACAUUUAGUGUGAUUUUGGAAUGGCUGGUACUGGUUGUUGCUUUCUAUGUUUAGUGCCUCUUUUAGGAGCUCUUGUAAAGCAGGCCUGGUGGUGACAAAAUCUCUGAGUACUUGCUUGUUCGCAAAGGAUUUUAUUUUUCCUUCACUUCUGAAGCUCAGUUUGGCUGGAUAUGAAAUUCUAGGUUGAAAGUUCUUUUCUUUAAGAAUGUUGAAUAUUGGCCCCCACUCUCUUCUGGCUUGUAGUGUUUCUGCCAAGAGAUCUGCUGUGAGUCUGAUGUGGGUAACUUGACCUUUCUCUCUGGCUGCCCUUAGUAUUUUCUCCUUUAUUUCAACCUUGUUGAAUCUGACGAUUAUGUGCCUUGGGGUUGCUCUUCUUGCAGAAUAUCUUUGUGGUGUUCUCUGUAUUUCCUGCAUUUAAGUGUUGGCCUGUCUUGCUAGGUGGGGGAAGUUUUCCUGGAUGAUGUCCUGAAGAGUAUUUUCCAGCUUGGAUUCAUUCUCUUCGUCCCCUUCUGGUACACCUAUCAAACGUAGGUUAGGUCUCUUCACAUAGUCCCACAUUUCUUGGAGACUUUGUUCAUUCCUUUUUGCGCUUUUGUCUCUAAUCUUGGUAUCUCGUUUAAUUUCAUUGAGUUGGUCUUCGACUUCAGAUAUCCUUUCUUCUGCUUGGUCAAUUCGGCUAUUGAAACUUGUGCAUGCUUCACGAAGUUCUCGUAUUGUGUUUUUCAGCUCCUUUAAUUCAUUCAUAUUCCUCUCUAAGUUAUCCAUUCUUGUUAUCAUUUCCUCAUAUCUUUUUUUUAAGUUCCUUAGUUUCUUUGCAUUGAUUUAGUACAUGUUCUUUUAGCUCACAAAAGUUUCUCAUUAUCCACCUUCUGAAGUCUAAUUCCGUCAUUUCAUCACAGUCAUUCUCCGUCCAGCUUUGUUCCCUUGCUGGUGAGGGGUUUUUGUCCUUUCUAGGAGGCGAGGUGUUCUGGUUUCGGGUGUUUUCCUCCUUUUUUCGCUGGUUUCUUCCCAUCUUUGUGGGUUUAUCCACUUGUCGUCUGCGUAGUUGCUGACUUUUCGUUUGGGUCUCUGAGUGGACACCCAGAUUGUUGAUGAUGAAGUAUUUCUGUUACUUGGUUUUCCUUCUACCAGCCUAGCCCCUUCGCUGUACGACUGCUGAGGUCCACUCUAGGCCCUGCUUGUCUGGGGUGCACCUCUAGCAGCUGUGGCACAGCGAGGGAUGCUACCUGUUUCUUUUUCGGCUAUCUUUGUCCCAGGAUGAUGCCUGCCAAAUGUCAGUCUUUUGGACAUAGAGGGGUCAGGGAGCUGCUUGAGGAGACAGUCUGUUCUUUUUAGGAGCUCAAUUUCUGAGCUGUGCACUCUGUUGUUCAUUCAGGGCUGUUAGGCUGCUAUGUUUAAUUCUGCUGCAACAGAGUUCAUUAAAAAAAACCCUUUUUUUCUCAAAUGCUCUGUGUUGGGGGGUUCGGGCUUUAUUCUUCUAUGUUCUUUGAGGUGUCCUGCCCAGCUCAAAGGCAGACUAGCCACUGUUUGCCUGCCGAGACUCCGCCCUGCUGUUGUGUGAUUCGCCCUGUUCCUGCAGGCUCUGCUGUGGUCUCCGCCAGGCCCUGCGGCGGAGUCUCUUUGUUGUAGCGUGUUGCCUCGGCAACGGCAGGCUGCGUCAGCAGUGGGCGUGUAUCUCAGUAGGGACGGGUUGCCUCGGCAACGGCUGGCUGCGUCAGCAGUGGGUGUGUAUCUCAGUUGGGGCGGGUUGCCUCAGUAGUGGUGGACGCCCCUCCCCCACAGAGCGUCUCGGACCGUCUGCUCAGGAUAGUUUGAAAUCGCGGUUUUGUUCGUCCCACUGGGUAUCCCAAACGCUCUGUCCCUGCAAUCCCCUGGGCUGGCCUACUGUCCAAGUCUCGUUCAGUCUCAAGUCCAGCCCUCUCAAGUCUCAGGUUGCCGGUUCAACAGGGCACCCGGACAAGCGCGCCCUGUGGGAAUUGCUGGGUAGGGCCGGCCGCCGCCGCCCCGGCUGCCGGCUUCGCCAGGCAGACUUACUGCCUGGCGUCCCGUGUCUUUUCUAUACUUGUGAGUUUCCUUGUUCUGUGGGCAACAAAGAUCAGUCUAAAAAUGCAGCUCGGACUCACCUCUUUGCGGAUUCAACGAGAGCUCCAAUCCUGGGUUGUUCUCACAGCACCAUCUUGAGUCCUCUCGGCCCUUUUUUUUUUUAAAAUUUUUUUUUUUUAAAGAUGGGGUUUUUACCAUGAUGGCCAGGCUGGUCUUGAACUCCUGACCUCAGGUGAUCCACCCACCUCGGCCUCCCAAAGUGCUAGGAUUACAGGUGUGAGCCACAGUGCCCAGCCCCGUAGGCCCUUUUUUUUAGUUGCUUUAAAAUAAAAAAGUAAUUGUUUUAAAUAAAAAAGGGAUUUUUUUUAAUUUUGGAAAAACAAGGAUAGCAUAAAAUUUAUCAUUUUAACCAUUAAAAAUUUUAGAAAAAUAUUUAUUGAUUAUUUAAAAAAUUUUUUUUUUUUUUUUGAGACGGAGUUUCACUCUUGUUACCCAGGCUGGAGUGCAAUGGUGCAAUCUUAGCUCACCACUACCUCCGCCUCCUGGGUUCAAGCAAUUCUCCCACCUCAGCCUCCUGAGUAGCUGGGAUUACAGGCACGCGCCACCAUGCCCAGCUGAUUUUUUGUAUUUUUAGUAGAGAUGGGGUUUCACCAUGUUAACCAGGAUGGUCUUGAUCUCUUGACCUCGUGAUCCACCCGCCUCGGCCUCCCCAAGUGCUGGGAUUACAGGCUUGAGCCACCGCACCCAGCCAAUUAUUAAAAAUUGAGACAAGGUCUCACUGUGUUGCCCUGGUCUCAAACUCCUGGGCUCAAGUGAUCCUCCUGUCUCAGCCUCUCAAAGUGUUGGGCUUAUAGGUGUGAGCCACCUUGCACAGUCUUAAUUUUUUUUUAGUAAAGACAAGGUGUUGCUACGUUGCCCAGGCCGACCUUAAACUCAAGUGAUCCUCCCACCUUGGUGUCACAAAGUGGGAUUGCACAUUGCACAUGUGGGCAACCAUUAUCAUUUUAAAGUAUAUAGUUCAGUAUUAUUAAGUAAUUCACAUUGUUGUACAACAAUCUCUAGAAGUCUUUAUCACGCAAAACUGAAACUCUAUAACUAUUACACAACAAUUCCACAGUCUCCACCUCCCAGCCCCUGGCAACCACCACUCUACUUUCUGUUUCUAUGAUUAUUUAUUAUAAUGACAGGGUUUCACCAUGUUGGUCAGGCUGGUCUUGAACUCCCGACCUCAGGUGAUCCGCCCACCUUGGCCUGCAAAGUGCUUGGAUUACAGGCAUAAGCCGCCAUGCCCAGCCUCUUUCUAUCAUUUUUAACUACUUUAGGGACCUCACAUAGGGUAGAAUCAUAGAUUAUUUACCUUUUUCUGAUUACCUUAUUUCACUUAACGUAAUGUUCUCAAGGUUCGUUCAUGUUGUAGCAUGUAUCAGAAUUUUCUUUAAAAUUUGUCAUAUUAAAGUUACUUCCCCUGUAAGGUGUGAACAAAGAAACAAAACAAUAGAGAAAUAACUUACUGGUUAACAUCAGGUCACUUAAGGUUACCUUUUGUUCUAAGGAUUAAAACAGAGGGAACUUUAUUAUCAUGCCACAUUUUAGUCAUUCAUUUGUUGAAAGACAUUUGUGUUGCUUCUGCCUUUUGGCUUUGUGAACAAUGCUGUAACAAACAUAGGUGUUUAAUAUCUCUUCUAGUGGAAUUGUAUCAUUUGGUAAUUCUUUAAUUUUUUGAGGCACCAUCAUACUUUUUUCCUUACAGGAUUUAAAAUUUUAUUUUUAGAGACAGGGUCUUCCUGUGUCAUUCAGGCUGGAAUGAUCACAGCUCACUGCAAUUUUGAACUUCUGGGCUCAUGUGAUUCUCCUUCCUCAGCCUCUCAGGUAGCUGGCAGUAUAGGCACAUGCCACCAUGCCCAGCUUAUUUUUAAAUUUUUGGUAGAGAUGAGGUCUUGCUAUGUCGCCCAGCUGAUCUUAAACUACUGGACUCAAGCAGUCCUCCUGCCUCAGCCUCCUAAUGUGCUGGGAUACAGGCGUGAGCCACUAUACCUUGGCUCAUAGGGGAUUUAAAAAUAAUCUGCUUAUGGAUCUGGUAAGGGGAGCGGCGUCAUGCUUAUAAUCUUUGUGCACUUCUUGUCACUCCUCUCUGAAUGUUUGCAUCUCUUCUUUGACUUCUUUUUAGACAGUUGGUGCAGUGCUUACUCAAAGCUCUUUAUUCAUACCUUUAUGAUUAUAUGAUAAGAUCAAAGACAAAAAAGUAUUCAUUAGGAAAUCUAGAUGACUCAGUCUGAGUCACUCUCCCAUAAUUGGAAUAGUUGCUGUAGCCAAGGAUGUAGUACUAGAAUUGCUCAGCUAGUCAUGUGCCUUGCCCUGUGCUUGACGGAGGAUGAGAUUAGUUACCGGAAAAGAGGGAGGUACAGAAUGGGAAGUGUGUGAGGUACGAGGUACAGAAUGGGAAGUGUGUGAGGUACACAAAGGUAAUAGCUGCUGCAGCUGGGCACAGUGGCACGCACUUGUAGUCCCAGAUGCUCGAAGGUUGAGGUAGGAGAAUCGCUUGGGUCUAGGAGUUCUGGGCUAUAAUGUGCUAUGCCAAUUGGGUGUCUGCACUAAGUUCAGCAUCAAUAUGGUGACUUCCCGGGAGUAACCACUGGGUUGCCUAAGGAGGGGUGAACCAGCCCAGUCUGGAAACAGUUAAAAUUCCCAUGAUGAUCAUUAGUGAGAUGGCAUCUGUGCAUAAUAGCACAGCAGUCCAGCCUGGGCAACACAGUGAGACCCCAUCUCUAAAAGAAAAUGCUGCUGUAAGCUUCUAUUGCUCUAGACGUUUGGGUCCCACAGAUGCCUCAAACUCUGAUUUCUUUUCCCAUCUAAUCGUCUCUCCUUAGCAGCUGUGCACUGACCCCACUUACCUUUCAGGUCAUUAAAGCCACAGAACUCUUCAUGCCUCAGGAUCUUUGCAGAGGGGACCCUGUAGGUGAAAUGUUGUUUUCUGCCUCUGUCAUCAUUUACCUUUUAGAGUGUACAAAAAUGACUCCACAAGCUGGGUGCAGUGGCUCAUGCCUAUAAUCCCAGCACUUUGGGAGGCCAAGAUGGGUAUAUCACUUGAGCCCAGGAGUUCAAGACUAGCCUGGGUAACAUGAUAAAACUCCAUCUCUACAAAAAAAUACAAAAAAAUUAGCUGGGUGAGGUAGUAUGCCCUUGUAGUCCUAGCUACUCAAGAGGCUGUGGUGGGAGGAUUGCUGCAGUCCAGGAGGUUGAGGUUUCAGUGAGCUGUGUUUGUGCCACUGCACUACAGAAUGGGUGACAGGGCAAGACACCUGUCUCUGAAUGAACGAAUGAGUAAAUGAGGGAUGGAGGGAAGGAAGGAAAAGAAAGAAGCAGGUUUGGGAAGAAAGAUUCAGUUUUGGCCAGGCUCAGUGGCUCAUGUGUGUAAUUCCAGCACUUUGGGAGGCCAAGGCAUGUGGAUCAUCCGAGGUCAGGAGUUCAAGAUCAGCCUGGCCAACAUGGUGAAAUGCAUCCCUUUUAAAGAUACAAAGAAGAAAAAUGUAUUUUUAGCUGAGCAUGGUGGUGGGUGCUUGUAAUCCCAGCUCCUCGGGAGGCUGAGGCAGGAGAAUCAAUUUAACCCGAGAGGCGGAGGUUGCAGUGAACUACUGCACUCCAGACUGGGUGACAGAGCGAGACUCUGUCUCAAAAAAAAAAAAAAAAUUAGCUAGGCUUCAUGACGUACAUCUGUAAUUCCAGCUACUCAGGAGGCUGAGGCACUGGAAUUGCUUUAACCUGAGAGGUGGAGGUUGCAGUGAUCAUACCACUGCACGCCAGCCUAAGUGAUGGAGUGAGACUCUAUCUCCCAAAAAAAAAAAAAAAUCAGAAAGGAGAGUGAUGAAAUAAAGUAAAGGAAGAGAUGUUUAUUGCUUUAUGAUUUUAACAAAACAUUUAUUGUACAAAAAUAUGGCAAAUAACACAAAAGUAUAGAUUAGUGAAUGAGUUUUUACAAAUUCACUGCUUAUAUAACUGGCACCUAAAAUAUAGGAUAUAGUUGACCCUUUAACAACAUGGGUUUGAACUGCACAAGUCCACUUUAGUUAUGCCCAGACUUUUUGGAAUAAAUGUGUUGGAAAAUUUUUUGGAGAUUUGUAUGACACUUUGACAAAACUUGCAAAUGAACCACAUAGCCUAGAAAUAUAAAAAAAAAAAUAAGAAAAAGAUAUGUUAUGAAUGCAUAAGAUGUAUAUAGAUACUAAUCUAUUUUAUCAUUUACUAUAAAAUAUGCACAAAUCUAGGCCAAGCAAUGUGACUCAUGCCUGUAAUUCCAGUAAUUUGGGAGGCUGAGGUGGGUGAAUCAUUUGAGCUUAGGAGUUCAAGACCAGCCUGCCCAACAUGGUGAAACUCCAUCUCUACUAAAAAAAAAAAAAAAAAAAAUUAGCUGGCGUGGUGGUACAUGCCUGUAAUCCCAGCUUCUUGGGAGGCUGAGGCAGGAGAAUUGCUAGAGCCUGGGAAGUGGUGGUUGCAGUGAGCCGAGAUGGCGCCAGUGUACUCCACCCUGGGUAACAGGGAGAGACUCCUCAAAAAAAAAAAAAAAAAAAAGGUAUGUUCUCUCUCUCUCUCUCUCUCUCUCUCUCUCUCUGUGUAUGUAUAGCUAUACACCCACAAAUCUAUUAUAAAAAGUUAAAAUUUAUUGAAAUGCACACACACACACUUGACAGUACAUGGUGCCAUCUAUAACCAUGUAAACAAAUGUACAGAUGCAGUAUUAAAUUAUAACUGCAUAAAAUUAACUGCGGUACCUACUGUACUACUGUAAUAAUUUGUAGUGACCUCCUGUUGCUGUUGCAUGGAGCUCAAGUAUUAUGAGUAUCCACUUAACAUCAUAUCUGGUGAGCAGUUUGUCUUUCUAGUAAAUUGCAUCACAGUAAAAAGUGAUCUCUUUAGAUUCUCACCUGUUUUGCAUCAUGUUAAUUGUAAUACUAUACCUUGAAUAACACUGGGACCCAUAUGAAGUGCCCACUAGUGAUGCUGGAAAUUUUCCCAAGAAACAGAAGUCAUGACACGAUAAAAACUUGAAUUGACUGAUAGGUAGUAUAGGUUGAAGUCUACAGCUGUGAUUCAAGAUAAAUGAAUCUGGCCUAAAGACUAUUGUAAAAAAAGGAAAUGAUUUUUUUUUUCUUUGAGACAGUGUCUUACUCUGUCACCCUGGGUGGAGUACAGUGGUAUAAUCUCAGCUCACUGCAACCUCCACCUCUGGGGCUCAAGUGAUCCUCCCACCUCAGCCUCCCAAGUAGUUGGGACUGUAGGCAUGCACCAGAGUGCCUGGUUAAUUUUUGUAUUUUGUUUUUUUUUUUUUUUUGUAGCGAUGGGGUUUUGCCAUAUUGCCCAUACUGAUCUCAACUCCUGAGCUCAAGCAAUCUAUCCACCUUCGUCUCCCAAACUGCUAGAAUUACAGGCAGGAGCCUCCAUGCCCGCCCUGAGAAAGGGAAAUUCGUGAUGCUACUAUUGCAGUGACACCGGCAGGCACUAAAACCUUGCACAUUUUGCUAAAUACUUUUUUAUCUCAUAUUGAAAAUGCAGGAUGGUGUGGUGGCUAAUGCCUGUAAUCCCAGCACUUUGGGAGGUUGAGGCAGGUGGAUCGCCUGAGGCCAGUUGUUUGAGACCAGUCUGGCCAACAUGGCAAAAGCCCGUCUCUACUAAAAAUACAAAAAUUAGCCGGGCGUGGUGGCAGAUGCCUGGUGCCUAUAAUCCCAGCUACUCAGGAGGAUGAUGCAGAGGAAUCACUUGAACCUGGGAGGCAGAGGUUGCAGUGAGCCGAGAUCAUGCCACUGCCCUCCAGCCUUAGCAACAGAGCGAGACUCAGUCUCAAAAAAAAAGAAAAUGCAGCUUUUAGGCCAGGUGCAGUGGCUCACAUUUGUAAUCCCAGCACUUUUGGAGACUGGGGCUGGCAGGUCACUUGAGCUCAGGAGUUUGAGACUAGCCUGGGCAAUGUGGCAAAACCCCGCAUCUAUAAAAAUUAGCUGAGUGUGGUGGUGUGUCCCUGUAGUCCCAGGCAGGAGAAAUGGCUUGAGCUUGGGAGACAGGUUGCAGUGAGCUGAGAUAGCACAUUGCUCUUCAAGCCUGGGCAAUGGGAGUGAAACUCUGUCCCAGAAAUCAGUCAGUCAAUCAAUCAAUCAAUCAGUCCAUCAAAUGCAGCUUUUACAUAGGUACAAGAUGCUAAAAGAAAGACUUACCUGGCCGGGCGCGGUGGCUCAAGCCUGUAAUCCCAGCACUUUGGGAGGCCGAGACGGGUGGAUCACGAGGUUGAGAGAUCGAGACCAUCCUGGUCAACAUGGUGAAACCCCGUCUCUACUAAAAAUACAAAAAAUUAGCUGGGCAUGGUGGUGCGUGCCUGUAAUCCCAGCUAUUCGGGAGGCUGAGGCAGGAGAAUUGCCUGAACCCAGGAGGCGGAGGUUGCAGUGAGCUGAGAUCGCGCCAUUGCAUACCAGGCCAUAUCCAGCCUGGGUAACAAGAGCGAAACUCUGUCUCAAAAAAAAAAAAAAAAAAAAAAAAAAAAGACUUACCUAUAACUCUAAUAUGAUUUGAGAAAAAGUGAAGUCAUUAUGUGACAACUUAAAGCAAAAGGAAGGUGGAAAAUCUAAAACUGGAGAAUUUAAUGCCAGAAAAAGGUGGUUUGAUAAUUGUAGAAAGAAACUUGGUUUAAAAAAUGUCAAGAUAAAAAGAGAACCAGCUUCUGCCAACCAAGAGGCAGCAGGGGAGUUUCCAGGUGCCAUUAAGAAAAUCAGGAGAAAGGUUAUCUGUCUGAAUGAGUUUUUAAUGCUGAUGAAAUGCCCUAUUCUGAGGGAAAAAAAGCCACAAGAGACAUUAGGAAGAGAAGUGCACAUCUGGAAUUGAGACAGGAAGGCAUAGACUAACUAUUUUGUGCUAAUGCAGUCAUGUUUAUAAUCGGGACUGUCCUUAUCUAUAAUGCUGCUAACCCCUGAGCCUUGGAGGGAAAAGAUAAAUAGCAGCUGCCAAUUUUUUCAUUGUACAGCAAGAUGACCUAGCCCCUUUUCUGGAUUGGUGUGAUUCAUGCUUUGUUCCUAAAGUCAGGAAGUACCUGGACAGUAAGGGACUGCCUUUCAAAGUUUUUUGAGGCUGGGCUCAGUGGCUGACAACUGUAAUCCCAGCACUUUGGGAGGUUGAGGCAGUGGAUCACUUGAGGUUAGGAGUUUGAGACCAGCCUGGCCAACAUGGUGAUACUCCAUUUCUACUAAUACAAAAAUUAGCCAGGCAUGGUGGUGUGUGCUUGUAAUCCCACCUACCCAGGAGGCUGAGGUACAAGAAUCACUUGAAUCUUGGAGGCAGAGGUUGCAGUGAGCCAAGAUCAUGGCACUGCACUACAGCCUGGGCAACAGAGUAAGACUCAGUCUCAAAAAAAAAAAAAAAAGUUUUAUUGAUAUUGCACAGUACCCCUGGCUACCUGAAAUCUCAUGAAUUCAAUACCAAAGGUGUGGAAGUAGUCUACUUACCUCCAGACACAGUGUCUUUAUCUUGAUCUAGGGCCUCUAGAUCAAAGGGUCACACGGACCUUUUAAAGCUCACUAUACAUGGUACUCUAUGGAAAGGAUUGCCAAGUCUGUGAAAGAACCCUGAUGGAACAUCAAGAAAGCGUGGAAGGAUCACACCAUUGAAGGUGCCAUCAAUGUUACAGAAAUAACCAUGAAAGCCAACAAGCUUGAAACAAUAAAUUCUGCUGGGGAAAACUAUCCAUAUGUUUUGCAUGACUUACAGGAUUUACGAUAGAUAAUACCAUUGAGAAAGUCAUGAAAGAGGGCUCAUGCCUGUAAUCCCAGCACUUUUGGAGACCCAGGCCAGUGGAUCACCUUAGGUCAGGAGUUCGAGACCAGCCUGGCCAACAUGGUAAAACCCUGCCUACUAAAAAUACAAAAAUUAUCCAGGCGUGGUGGCGGACGCCUGUAUUCUCAGCUACCUGGGAGGCUGAGUCACAAGAAUCGCUUGAGCCUGGGAGGCAGAGUAAGCUGAGAUCGUGCCACUGCAUUCCAGUCUGGGAGACAGAGAGUUUGUCUCAAAAAAAGAGGAAAAUCAUGAAAGAGGUGUAGAUGUGGCAAAAAAAAUGAGAGGUGAAGGGUUUCAAGAUAGCGAUCUUGGAGAAAUUCAAGAACUAAUAGAUAAGACACCAGCGAAAUUAAGAGAAGACAGCUUGACAGAGCUCAGUGCUUCCAAACCAGUGCUAGAUCAUGAGGAAGAAGAUGUAGAAGAAACAGUGCCAGAAGAUUGAUGUUAGUCUCCCAGAAAGUUUCCAGUUAUUUAAGACUGCUUUGACGUCUUUUAGACAUAGAUCUUUCUAUAAUACUGGCACUGAAAUAAAAGCAAAUGGUGGAAGAAAGGUUGGUACUAUAUAGAAACAUUUUUAGAAAAAUUUGCAGAAAUAUCAGAAACAAAGUACAGUAUAUUUUCAUAAAGUUAUACUGAGUAUGCCUGCCUCUCCUGCCUUCCCUUCCAUCUCUCGCUACCCCUGAGAGAGAAGACCAACUCCUCCUCCUCUUCCUCUUCCUCAGCCUACUCACUGUGAAGACAAGAAUGAAGGCUUUUUUUUUUUUUUUUUUUUUUGAGACAGAGUUUCACUCUUGUUGCCCAGGCUGGAGUGUAAUGGCGUGAUCUCGGCUUGCCACAACCUCUGCCUCCCGGGUUCGAGCAAUUUUCCUGCUUUAGCCUCCCGAGUAGCUGGGAUUACAGGCAUGCGCCACCAUGGCUGGCUAAUUUUGUAUUUUUAGUAGAGACGGGGUUUCUCCAUGUUGGUCAGGCUGGUCUCGAACUCUUGACCUCAGGUGAUGCACCCACCUUGGCCUCCCAAAGUGUUGGGGUUACAGGUGUGAGCCAUAGCUCCUGGUCAUGAAGACUUUUUUGAUGAUCUGCUUUCAUUUAAUGGAUUCGCUUAUGUAUUUUCUAAGAAUACAGUAUAUGAAACAUAUAACAUAUAAAAUAUAUGUUAAUUGACUGUUUAUGUGCCUUCUGGCCAGUGGUAAGCUAUUAUCAGUUAAGUUUUUGGGUGAGUCAAAACUUAUACAUGCCUGUAUUCUGUCCUAGAACUUUGGAAGGCCAAGGUGGACGGAUCGCUUGAGGCCAGGCACUCGAGACCAGCCUGAGCAACAUGGCAAAACCCCAUAUCUAGUAAAAAUACAAAAAUCAUCCAGGUGUGUUGGGGGCUGCAGUGAGCUGAGAUCAUGCCACUGCACUCUGGCCUGGGUGACAGAGUGAGACUCUGUCUCAAAAAAAAAAAAAAAAGACCCUAAAACCUUAUACCUUAGCGAUCUCCUCCUCGGCAUCAUGGCCGCCCUUAGACCCCUUGUGAAACCCAAGAUCGUCAAAAAGAGAACCAAGAAGUUCAUCUGGCACCAGUCAGACCGAUAUGUCAAAAUUAAGCAUAACUGGUGGAAACCCAGAGGUAUUGACAACAGGGUUCAUAGAAGGUUCAAGGGUCAGAUCUUAAUGCCUAACAUUGGUUAUGGGAGCAAUAAGAAAACAAAGCACAUGCUGCCCAGUGGCUUCUGGAAGUUCCUGGUCCACAACAUCAAGGAGCUGGAAGUGCUCCUGAUGUGCAACAAAUCUUACUAUGCUGAGAUCGCUCACAAUGUUUCCUCCAAGAACUGCAAAGCCAUCGUGGAAAGAGCUGCCCAGCUGGCCAUCAGAGCCACCAACCACGAUGCCAGGCUGUGCAGCGAAGAAAAUGAGUAGACGGCUUAUGUGCACGUUUUGUGUUUAAAUAAAACUGGCAUUUUCCUUCCUUAAUUAAAAAAAAAAAAAACCUUAUACUUUUUUUUUUUUUUUUAUGGAGACAGGGUCUUGCUCUGUCACCCAAGCUGGAGUGGAGUGCAGUGAUAUAAUCUUAGUUUACUGCAUCCUUGACCUCCCGAGCUCAAGUGAUCUUCCCAAUUCAGCCUCCCUAGCAAUGGGGACUACAGGCCUUUGUCACCACACCCAGCUAAUUUUUGUAUUAUUUGUAUCGAUGGGGUUUCACCAUGUUGCCCAGGCUAGUCUCAAACUCCUGGGCUCAAGCAGUAUGCCCACCUUGGCCUCCCAAAGUGCUGGGAUUACAGGCGCAAGCCACCAUGGUCGGCCUAUACAUGGAUUUUGAUUGCAUUGGGGGUUGGGGGGACUCGGCAUCCCUUCACAUUGUUCAAGGGUCAGCUGUACUUUUCCACUUCCAAUCUUUAUGUCCUUUAUUUUUUGUUCCUAAUUGCACUAUCUAGGGCCUGUAGUACAAUGUUGAAUAUAAGUUUUAAGUUUGGGCAUCUUUGCCUUGUUCUGCCUCAUUGGGAGAAAGCAUUCAGUCUUUUACCAUACAUAUGAUGUUAGCUAUCGUGUUUUCAUAGACAUCCUUUGUUCUUGGUUUGCUGAGUUUUUUUUUUUUUAAAGAUGGGGUUUCACCAUGUUGGUCAGGCUGGUCUUGAACUCCCGACGUCUGGUGAUCUGCCUGCCUUGGCCUCCAAAGUGCUUGGAUUACAGGUGUGAGCCACCAAGCCUGGCCUUGCUUGCUGAGUUUUUUAAAAAAUAAAAUAGCUGUUGCAUUUUAGCAAAUGCUUUUUUUUAAACAUCUGUUGAAAUGAUCAUAUGAUUUUUCUCCUUUAUUCUGUUAAUGUUGGCAAAUUGUAAUUGGUUUUUCCAAUGUUAAACCAUCUUACAUUUCUGGGACAAACUCUGUAUUUUAGUGAUUGGUUAUCCUUUCUAUAAUGUGGAAUUCAAUUUGCUAGUCUUUGUAAAGUAUUUUUAUAUCUAUAUUCAUGAGGAGUAUUGAUUUAUAGUUUUCUUUUUCCUUUUUUUUUUUGAGAUGCAGUUUUGCUCUUGUUACCCAGGCUGGAGUGCAAUGGUGCAAUCUCGGCUCACCGUAACCUCCACCUCCUGGGUUCAGGCAAUUCUCCUGCCUCAGCCUCCUGAGUAGCUGGAAUUACAGACACGCGCCACCAUGCCCAGCUAAUUUUUUGUAUUUUUAGUAGAGAUGGGGUUUCACCACGUUGACCAGGAUGGUCUUGAUCUCUUGACCUCGUGAUCCACCCGCCUCGGCCUCCCAAAGUGCUGGAAUUACAGGCGUGAGCCACCGUGCCUGGUUGAUUUAUAGUUUUCUUAUAAUACCUUAGUCUGGUUUUGGUUGCCCCAGAAUGAGUUGGUACUUCUUUCCUUCUCUUCUGUUUUUUAGAAAAGUGUGUAAGGCCAGACACAAUGGCUCAUGCCUAUAAUCUCAGCACUUUGGGAAGCUGAGACAGGUGGAUUGCUUGAGCUCAGGAGUUUGAGACCAGCCUGGGCAACAUGGCGAAACUCUCUCUCUACAAAAAAUACAAAAAAUUAGCUGGGCAUUAUGUCACAUGCCUGUAGUCCCAGCUGCUUGGGAGGCUGAGGUGGGAGGAUCAUGUGAGCCUAGAAGGUCAAGACUGCAGUGAGCUAUGAUGGCACUACUGUACUCCAGCCUGAAUGAAAGACUGAGAUUCUGUCUCAAAAAAAAAAAAAAAAGUUUGUGUAGAAUUGAUGUUAUCAUUUCUAGAGCCAGGGACUCACUCUGUCACGUAGGCUGGAGUACAGUGGUGCCAUCAUAGAUCACCACAGCCCUGAAUUCUUUGCCAAAGCCUUCUUCCACUUCAUUCUCCAGAGUAUCUGGGACUAUAAGUGUGUGCCACCAAGCCUAGCUAAUUAUUAUUGUUAUUAUUUUUAUAGAGACAGGAUCUUGCUACAUUGCCCAGUCUGGUUUUGAAGAGAGGCCUCCUACUUUGGCCUCUCUUAAAUGUUUGAUAUUAUUUAAAUGGUGUGGCUAGAAGCUAUGUUGAAAUGGGCCAAGGAACGACAGAUAGAUAAGGAAAUAGAUAGCCAGGAUGGACAACUUUGAGAGUUCUGACUAUGAAGAGAAGAGAUGAUAGUUACUAGAGAGACGUAAAGGUCGAAUCAGGCGUUAAAGAAGUACAGUUGUUUUCUUGAUUGACUUUAUCUUUUAAAUUUGCUUCUUUGUUACUUAAUUCUA